GCCUGGAAGAAACGCUGGUUUAUCCUGCGGAGCGGCCGGAUGAGCGGGGACCCAGAUGUUCUGGAAUACUACAAGAACGAUCACUCCAAGAAGCCCCUGCGCAUCAUCAACCUGAACUUCUGUGAGCAGGUGGACGCAGGCCUGACCUUCAACAAGAAGGAGCUGCAGGACAGUUUCGUGUUCGACAUCAAGACCAGCGAGCGCACCUUCUACCUGGUGGCGGAGACGGAGGAGGACAUGAACAGAUGGGUGCAGAGCAUCUGCCAGAUCUGUGGCUUCAAUCAGGCCGAGGAGAGCACAGACUCCCUGAGGAACCUUUCUGCGGCCACCCACGGCCCUCGCUCGUCCCCAGCCGAGCUCAGCAGCUCCAGUCAACACCUCCUCCGAGAACGGAAAUCCUCAGCCCCGUCGCACUCCAGCCAGCCCACCCUGUUCACGUUCGAAGCCCCCGUGCCCAACCACGUGCAGCCUGCCCUGUCCACCAGUGCACCGCAGGAGUACCUAUACUUGCAUCAGUGCGUGAGCCGGAGAGCCGAGAACGCCAGGAGUGCCAGCUUCUCUCAGGGCACCAGGGCCUCGUUUCUCAUGAGGAGCGACACGGCCGUGCAGAAGCUCGCCCAGGGCAAUGGCCACUGUGUCAACGGGGUGAGCGGCCAGGUCCACGGCUUCUACAGCCUUCCCAAGCCCAGCCGGCACAACGCGGACCUCCGAGACAGCACCUACGACCUCCCCCGCAGCCUGGCCGCACACGGCCACGCCAAGGGCAGCCUCACGGGCUCGGAGACAGACAAUGAGGACGUGUACACCUUCAAGACGCCCAGCAACACCCUGUGUCGGGAGUUCGGGGACCUCGUGAUGGACAACAUGGACGUCCCCUCCACCCCGCUGUCAGCCUACCAGAUCCCUCGGACGUUCACGCUGGACAAGAACCACAACGCCAUGGCCUUGGCCACCCCUGGGGACUCGGCCGUAGCUCCCCCACCACGGCCCCCCAAGCCAAGUCAGGCAGAAACGCCCCGCUGGGGCAGCCCGCCGCAGAGGCCGCCGGGCGGCGAGAGCAGGCCCGGCUCUGCGGCCGCCACCAUCCCCAGGCGCAACACUCUGCCCGCCAUGGACAACAGCCGCCUUCACCGAGCGUCGUCCUGCGAGACCUAUGAGUACCCACAGCGUGGUGGAGACAGCGCGGGCCGGUCUGCCGAGUCCGUGGGCGAGAGCUUCGGUGCUUUCCUGCCAGGGAAAAUGGCCGUGGGCCGAUCGGAUAGCACCAACUCAGAAGACAACUACGUGCCCAUGAAUCCAGGCUCCUCCACCCUGCUGGCCAUGGAGCGCGCAGGUGGAAACUCUCAUAGCGUCUACAUCCCCAUGAGCCCAGGCCCCCAUCACUUUGAUGCACUCGGCUAUCCAACCACGGUGCUCCCUGUGCACCGGGGCCCCAGCCGAGGGAGUGAGAUCCAGCCACCUCCCGUCAACCGCAACCUCAAACCUGACCGGAAAGCAAAGCCAACGCCACUCGACCUAAGAAACAACACGGUCAUCGACGAGCUCCCCUUCAAGUCCCCCAUCACCAAGUCCUGGUCUAGGGCCAACCACACCUUCUCCUCCAGCUCCUCUCAGUACUGCCGCCCCAUCUCCACACAGAGCAUCACCAGCACAGACUCAGGGGACAGUGAGGAGAACUACGUCUCUAUGCAAAACCCAGUGUCUGCAUCACCUGUUCCCAGCGGCACCAACAGCCCAGCCCCUAAGAAGAGCACCGGCAGUGUUGACUACCUGGCCCUGGACUUCCAGCCAAGCUCCCCGAGCCCCCAUCGCAAGCCAUCCACAUCCUCUGUUACCUCCGAUGAGAAGGUGGACUACGUGCAGGUGGACAAAGAGAAGACGCAGGCCCUGCAGAACACCAUGCAGGAGUGGACAGACGUGCGGCAGUCCUCGGAGCCUUCCAAAGGCGCCAAGCUGUGAUCGGGCUCGAGGUUGCGGCUCCAGGGCCGGCCCCUCCCCUCUGCCACUCUCAGCCUUCAAAGCAUUUGACAUCAGGGACUCUGCACCACUCUCGGGAGGCCAAGGCUGACGGAGAGAUGUCCUCUGCCCACGCAGCCCCGCCUCUGCCCCUUAGUUAGGAGCUGUUGCCAAAAAGCACCUGGCUGUGCCUGUCCUUUGGACCCACCUGCCCCCCCCAGCCCUCUGUGGGGGAGAAGGCUCCCAGCCCCAUUCCCUUCUCACCACCCCAAGAGUGAUGGCCCAGUGGACAUAGACGUUCUUGGCAGGGGAGAGGCCAUGCCACUCAUAGGCAACAGUCCAGGACAGCAGGAGGGUCUUGAGGGCAAAGGAGUAGCUCCCAAGAGGCAAGACAGUUGACACUUGCAGGGCCCCCACUUCCAGGCCCAGGUCAUGGCAGCUGUGGUGACGUGGGAGAGGAUGAAGGACGAGACGGGGAAGUGGAGAUGGGGGGGAGGCAGCAUGGAGCAAGGCUGUGAGCUCAGGUUGGGGUGACAGGCACAGGGGGCUCAGGAUCCCCUGCCCCACUGUAGAAGCAGAGAGUGGUGUGGGAAGAGGGAACGUGGCGUGGGUGGAGGUGGUGCAGAGAGGGCCAGGACUGGGCUGUGGCACGAGUCUGUGAGGUAAGUAGGGUAGCAGGGCAGAGGUGACCUGAUGGGUGAGAGGAGGGGUGAGGCUCAGAGCGCUGGGGUGCAGAGUGGGCAGAGUGAAGGAAGCAGUGUGUGUGUGGUGGAACACGAGGGUCAUACCCAGGACUGACGGAAGGCCAGUAAGCAGGGCAGGGUCCAGAGGACGACGUGGAAUGUGGUGGACAGCUGGAGUCAGGUCUGGGGCUGAACGAGGCCAGCCGUGUUCUCAAGUCCUCUCCCCUUGAGCCACUCACGAGCAUUCCAGGUGCCACGUUGGACUCAAACCUUGGCUACGAGGACAGAGAAGCCAGCCCUCUCCUCCCGGGGCUCAGCAGGGAUGGAAGGAAAGCAUGACCCAGGCCUAGGGGAGGGGAUCAGAGUUGUUUCUGUUUUAAGUUCUUAACCAAAUUGUCAACAGAUGCAGAGGCAGCAGAGCAGACCAAAUGUCCCACCCGGACUUGAGCGGGGAGGUAACAGGGAGGACAGACUUUUCUCCAAGAAAGCACCCCCCAUGUCAUGGGUGUUUCCCACUCGCCUCACUCCUGUGAGCACGCACAUGUCUCAGACCAAGAGCCUGGCCUUCUCUGAGCUGCCCGGCCCCAGACAAGGGUACCUGGUACAGCGGCCCCUGCCCCCGCCCCUUCCACUCAGAUCCACUCCACAGACCUCCAAGAGCUGCCGUGGCCAGGCCCUGGGUGCAGGCAGAAAACACAGUAACUCUUCAGACCUGGGCCCUGAACUUC